AUGUUUAAGAAGGUCAGCAGAAGUCAGGCCAACCGCCAGAAGAAAAGACAGAAAAAGUGUAUACCGUGGAUUGUACACAUCUUCAACCACCAGUGCUUUGUCACCUACAUUACUGGCUUAUACAGCUGCCAGUGGAAAACCACGCAGAAGAUAAAACCUAGAUUUGGACCCUGCUGCUGCUCCUGGAGAGAGCAAUUAUUUUACCCAUUUCUGGUUAUUUCAUCUUGCUUGUCUGUGGUUUUGCUGUUCGUGUGGAUAGAAACCUCAAAUGAAUACUUUAGCUUUGACUGGGUUGUUUUUCUAGGCACAGGAUUCUGGUUCUUCUGGUCCCUUCUUUUGCUGAGUUUAUUUGGGAUUCUGGCUGCCUACUCUUCAUUGCUGUUGAUACUUGGAUUUUUGUUGAUCUGGGAAGGCAAUGAGCUACACCUGCAUUGGUGUCAUAAGAUCCUGACUCUGCUGGUGAUUGGGGUUUGCACGUUUUUUAUGUCGAUUUUAAGCAUUUACUGGAAAGACAGGUGGCUGACAUUUGGGCUCUCACUGAAGAUCUUUGCUCCCUACCUCCACCUGAGCAGCAUAAUCGUGAUGGUUAUCCUUUCCUGGCCCGUGGCCUUCUACUUGAUCCAUUUGGAACAUGAAGCUAGAAUGAGAAGACACAAGAUGACAUGGUACGAGAGAAGAGUGAAGAAAUUUAGUAUACUCACAAAGUUGAGAGCUAUACAAGUGGCUGUUGGAUUGCCCUUUUUUAUUAUUAUUUUAUAUCUCUAUUUGGUGCCACUGGGGACUUACUCUCCCUGCAUUCAGGAGAAGGAUAAAUUGGGACCCAAGCCAGACUUCUUUGGACAUAGAGGUGCACCCAUGCUGGGGCCAGAGAAUACCAUGAUGUCCUUCGAGAAAGCUAUUGAAAACGGGGUCGUUGGGCUGGAGUCUGAUGUGUACUUAAGUUAUGAUGAGGUGCCUUUUCUCAUGCAUGACAAUGACCUGAGAAGAACAACCAAUAUCAAGGAGGUCAUGCCAAAUGCCUCCUUAGCACCUGCUUCCUUCUUCACUUGGGAUUUCCUAUCGACUCUCAAUGCAGGCAAAUGGUUUGUACAAUCACAGUCCAAACCGUUUUACAACAUGAAACCCUUAUCAGAGGCUGACAGAGAAAAAGCAAGACAGCAGAUGAUUCCAAAACUAAGUGAUUUAUUGGAACUUGCACAGAAGGAGAAAAAAUUUGUGAUAUUUGAUCUGAACGCCCCUCCACCAAAACAUCCCCUCAGAAACACAUUUGUCCGCCGGGUAGUAAGAGUGAUCCUUGAGUCUAAAAUUGAACAACAUCUGAUUUAUUGGUUGACAGCUUUUGAUAGGCAUUUCGUCAAGUUGAAAGCUCCUGGUUUUCAGCAAGUGGGUCGGUUAUACUCCAUUGAACACCUUACAAAAGAAAAUAUCACUAAAAUAAAUGUUGACUACAAGACGUUGUUCUACACUGGGUUGAGAGAUUAUAAAGCAGCUAACAUCAAUAUCAACUUAUACCUUGUUAAUGAACCUUGGCUCUACUCACUGGCGUGGUGCUCCAGGAUUAACUCAGUGACCACGGAUAACAUUCAGCUCCUGAGGCAGAUAAAGCACCCUUACUUCUUCAUGACACCAAGGUACUAUAUGUUCAUGUGGUUUCUCAUGGAUGGUGUUUCUGCAGUUUUCAUUGUUGCCAUAUUUUAUUUUCAUUGGUGGAGAGAAAAUAAAAAAGAAAAAGCCUUGGAAAGCACCAGCAGUCACACAGGUAAAGAAGCUUCAAAUUUACCCAUAGAGCAUCCGUCCCGAAGUUUGGAAAGACCUUGGACUCUAAAACCCCUCUAUCCAGCUUUACCCAACAGAAUAAGGAAACACCCAGGCCCUCGCCAGUUUUUAGUAGCCCCCGAGGAGACAGACAGAAACCCAGAGCCAGUCAAGGAAACCACAAAACCAGAGAUGCCUGCGAAGGGUAACGUUAGACAACUAAUACCCUCCGAAGACUUUGAACCCAUCCAAACACCCACCUGGGAGGCCACCAGAGAGGCCACCCUCCAAACUGUAUUGCUUGCCUCGAAGGCAAAUGAACCAACAAUUUCCUCCCUAGAGGUACCUCAUCCUGAAACACAACAUAGAAGGAUGCCCACUGCUGAAUCCUCCCAGCAAUCCUCUUUGACGAUGGUUUCCUCCACAUCUUACAUAUCCUUACCCUCCUUUACGCUGUCUUCAGAGAAGAAGUAG